CGGGGCUAUAUGCUGAUGGUUCCCUUACAGCUGUGUGCAUUGCGCUUUCCCUUCCCCUUUCCCUCCUUCCACCUUUCUUCUCGUUGGUCGAGCUGAGCUCGCUGGAACCACUGGUUCUUGACUCGUUCUUCCGCUCGCUCGAAGCAGGCCUACCUGUCCUCUACAGUUCCUUCAAGUCAAGAGAACAGUCUUCCGCAUUUCCUCUUCCUCGCCCUCUUCCACGGCCAUCAGUAUUCUCUCAACCAACAGACGGGCACCAUGGGCAACUUAAUCUGGCACGAGUGGUCUCGCUAUGUCACCCUUACCGCCAGUGUUUAUGUUAUCUGGGCGAGCUUCUGGGGCUUUUGGUUCCGCAAAUUCUUCUGGGACUUCAUCGGCGGCACUUUGCGCGACCCUGGAGGACUCCAACCCGCCAACAAUGUUUCAUUCUUCAUUGAUAUAAUUGUGAAGGCGCCGAUCAUCCAGAUUCUAGCCAUGGCCUUUGGGAUGAUGAUGGUCGCUCUCGAAUAUCCUGCGCCAUUUUUGAAGGGAACCGCCAUCCAAAGAAGCUUCGUCGUCCGGAUUGUCGGAUUGAUAUUGCAGGCAUUUAUAGCAGUAUUAUUCUAUCAGACUCAUUUCGAAAUCAUCUCCUGCUUGCCGGACAGGUUCGAUAAGGCCCGUGAAUCGGGAGAUCUACUCUUCUUCCCGUCGACAGUGCACAAACACUCCGAGUUUGGUGUGGAGCUCGAAAUACGAUUGUGUCCUGCUUUGCAGAAGAAGCCUCAACUGCCCGCGCCGCACUUCGAUACCGCGGUCCAAUUGCAGCCUGAGAAGCCUGACCCGUUCGCUCCUCCGUAUGUCCCGAAUUUAUACCUGGGGGAGCUGCGGGAUGAACCGGAAGACGCCGAAUAUAUCAUCUUGCUUAACAAAUAUUCCGUGGUCCCCAACCAUUUUCUUCUGGUCACGAAGGACUACCAGUCUCAGACAUCACCGCUACGCCCCGGAGACCUGGUGCAAACGUACAAGCUACUCAUCGCUGCGCAAAGGACGGGUAGACGCUUCUUCGCAUUUUAUAAUUGCGGCAAUCUUAGUGGCGCCAGCCAGCCACAUAAACAUGUCCAGUUGAUUCCCCUGGAGGACGAUGGCCCUCCUGUUGAGAAACUCGCACGAGCCACGAAGGUGGAUUACCCAGACCGACCGUUCGCCCUGAACGAGCUGUCAUACGCUAAUCACGUCCGUCGAUUUCCUCCCAACCUCGCCUCGGCUACCAACGAAGCACUCGAGAGCGCGCUUGCGGAUGCGUUCCUCGCAUUACUGGAUCUGGUUAUCUCGACCGUGCGCCGAGACCCGGAUUAUCCCCCCGGGACGCCUUCCUUUAACGUCGUGCUCACCCUGGAGCAUAUGCAUCUUAUCCCGAGGAAGAAAGAUAACCACACGCUGAGCGAGACCGGCGAGCCGCUCAGUGUAAACGCCCUGGGCUUCGCUGGUAUGCUGCUUGUCAAAAGCGAGCAAGAACUUGAGGCUGUUAAGUCCGAAGGCGUCGGGAAUAUUCUGCGCGAUGUGGGGCUGGAAAGCGUGCACGAAUUGCUGCUGAAUGAAGACGCAGAGGGUGAAGGGGCAGGCACCGAGCGGGUGCAAUCAGACCUAUAAUAAAGACGAGACCGAUGUGCUUCGACCAAUGUCAGCGAUGAACACCAUCUGUCUAGU